UCCUUACGCCGAAAGGAGGAGGGUUUUUAUAUGCGCGUCGCGCGUUAAAAAAUAGUGCGUAGGGCUGUUUUCCAACCAGCCAAAAAGGAAACCAAAGCUGCUUCCUAUUUAUCCUGCUUCCGUGUAUUCCGAAAAAAAAACAGAGAAACUGUGAAGAUCACAUCCACUAGUUGAUUCGUGGAAGUUAAAGAAAUUGUGAAGCAAGCAAGAAAAAAAGCGCAGCAAACGAGUCGUGUUCGAAUAAUCCGGCUGCCCGAGCGCCCACACACAUACACGCCCGCGGUGCGAAAAGUGCUACUUUAGUGUGAAAAUAAAGAAUACGAAUCAAGUCAAAGUGUGGAAUAAAUACGCCCAGCUUCAAGAAAGGAAAAGAAAGUUACAAAAGCGCCCACACAACCAAAAAAAGUUAAAAGAAAGUCAAAAGUCAAGUGGAGUUGUUAAAAGUUAAAAUAUAUUCUUGCUGCUUGCUGCUGCGCGAAUUCUGCGAAGUAACCAAGGGUGCGUGGAGCGUACCGGUUCGUAGGCCAGUGUUAUCUGUUCGAGUACGAGAGUGUGUGUGUGGGUGCGUUCGUGUGUGUGCGAGAGAGAAAGUGUAUGCCUGUGUCAGUGUGUACGCGGCCAUAAGCGGCCAUGUGAACCGACCGUGAACCGUAAUAUGAUUUUUCCAGCAACCGUCAACCAGAUCGGCGCAACGGCAAGUUUAGCAACGGUUUAGCGGGAACGAUGGUACAGCGCAACAAGUCAAGCAUGGAUUACGUUAGUUUGGGCUGUUGCACGUUGGCCUUCGUACUGUACAUUAACACACUGAGUGCGGGAUUUGUCUACGAUGACAGACGAGCGAUCCUUGGCAAUCCGGACGUGCUCGGUACGGGCAGCUGGUCGCAGAUGCUGCACAACGACUUCUGGGGCACACCGCUCGUGGACUCGGGCUCGCACGGCUCCUACCGGCCGCUGUGCGUCGCCAGCUUCAAGCUCAACUACCUGCUGGACGGGUUCAAACCGUUCGGCUACCACCUGGUCAACGUGCUGCUGCACUCGCUCGCAACCGGGCUGGUGGUGAAGCUGGCCCGCCACCUCCUGCCGGCCGGCCGGUCGGGCGUGGCCAUCGCCGGGCUGCUGUUUGCGGCCCACCCGAUCCACACCGAGGCGGUGGCGGGCGUCGUCGGGCGGGCCGACCUGACCGGCUGCAUCUUCUACCUGCUCGCCCUGCUCGCCUACAUCCGGCACGUCCGGUGGCGGCAGUGGGGCGACCGGCGGCAGUGGCUGGCGCUGGCCGCCACCGUCCUGCUCGCGGCCGCUGCCCUCCUCUGCAAGGAAACGGCCGUGACAGCUUUAGUGGUUUGCGCGAUUUAUGACAUCAUAAAGGGAUACGCCGGAUCCAGAGAUAAGCACCGGGCCCGGAGUCUCGGCAUCAUUGCGCUGUCGCUCGCCUUCAUCGUCCACUGCCGGCUAACGCUGCCCCGGCCGGCAACGCUCUUCUCCACCGCCGACAAUCCGACAGCCCGUAGCGGUUCGCUGUGGACGCGCUUUCUCACCUUCACCUACCUGCCGGUGGUCAACUUCAAGCUGCUGCUGCUACCGGACGUGCUCAGCUUCGACUGGGGCAUGGAUGCGAUACCGCGCCUCGGUACCGUGUGCGACCGUAAGGUGGCACUGGCUGCCUUGUUCUAUCUGGCGCUCGGGUGGGCAUUGUGGUCCAGCUGCCGGGCGCUCGUCAACCGGCAGCAGACGCCCGCACGUCCAUCGGGAUCGAAGAUAACCCCCAACGCCAGCAGCUUCAACCGCAAGCUUGCGAACAAACUGAACCUGGCCCGGUUGCGUGCCGGUCAGGAAGGUUCCAGUGUGCCCUCCCUGCCCGCGGUGCAGCUAGACGACCGGGAGAAUAGUGAUGGUGGUGGUGGCUGUGCACUCUGCAAGCAGGAUGCCGGGCUGCAUCACACAAGCUCCUGUCGGACGCUGCACAACAACAACGGCCUGUCGUCCAUCAUGUGCGGGUGUGGCUACGCGCCGGAAUACAAAUAUUUAUCACUGGCCGCGCCCUCCCAGCUGGCCAGCUACUUCUGCCGGACGGCCGGCUCUAGCAGCAGCAGCAGCAUUAAAGGCACUGUGCGCACCACCACCAACAACAACGACAGUGUCAGCAUCAACUACAACCAGAGCUUCCAGGGCCCGGUGGUCGGCAAGAAGUUCGCCUGCCACUGGCCGCUCGGGACGGUCAGUGACGGGGCGACGUCCCUGGCGUCCAAGGAGAAGCCGUUCCCGUUCACCACACUGCUUACGGCACCGGCGGACAUGUGUUCUCCCUCCCUGUCCUCGUCCUCCUAUACCUCAUCUUCCUCGUCGUCAUCGUCCUCCUCCUCCACCAGCUCGUCCUGUGCGUCCUCAGUGCGCGGUGACAGUGCGGACGGGUCGACGGACGAGCCGUGCCUGCCGGAUGAGGGCAGCUCGCUGCACAACUCGCCCGCCGCCGCACUGCUCAUGUCCGUGGCGCUGCUCGCGCUGCCCUUCCUGCCCGCCAGCAAUCUGCUCUUCUACGUGGGCUUUGUCGUCGCCGAGCGAAUCCUGUACCUGCCCAGCGUUGGCUACUGUCUGCUGGUUGGGCUCGGCGCUGGAGCUCUGAUUGAUGGUGGCAGCGGCGGCGGUGGCCGUUCGUCCCCAGCUUCCUCGGUCAGCGGGAAACUUUCUAGCUACGGUCGUGGUGGUCGGCGAAACGGGCCGCCAGCCCGUUGGCUCGGUACGUUCAUGCGCAAGUGUUUGAGUGUCCUGGUGCCUCCCGGUGACCGCUCCGUCGGGGGUGCAGUGUGUAGUGAUGGUGCUGCGGUGCGUGAUGAUGCUAGCGGCAGCAUCCACCGUACGGCCAGUGAUAAUGGUAGCGGUGUUAGUGGCCGUUACGGCAAGUUCCAACGCACCAACGGAAUGGUUGCGCCCAGUGUCAGUGUGCAAGCUGUUAGUGGUGGUGGUGGUGGUAGCGUUUCAGGCAAAGCUUCCCGGCCGGCCACAGCCAGUAGGGGUGGCCGUGCGGGCCGGAGCACGAAACCGUUCGGCCCGCGGCGCCGACAGCUCGUGCUCGUGUGCGUCGGAGUGCUGCUGAUCGCGUACAGCGCCAAAACGGUGCGCCGCAAUCGGGACUGGGCGGACGAGGAAAGCCUGUUCCGGAGCGCUGUCGCGGUCAAUCCCCCGAAAGCUCUCGGAAAUUUAGGAAGUGUCCUUAGUGCGCAGGGCCGCUAUCAGGAAGCCAAGGAGGCCCUGAAAGCAGCACUCAACCAUCGCCCCAACAUGGCGGAUGUACAUUAUAAUCUAGGGAUCUUGCUACAAAACCAGCAAGAUUACAACGAGGCUGUGGAGAGCUUUCGAAAAGCGAUACGCUUUCGACCAUCGCUGGCACUUGCCUAUCUGAACCUUGGAACCUCGCUGAUAGCGCUCGGCCGCUGCCAGGAAGCGGCCAGCGUCCUGCGGGAGGGCACCAAGCUGGACGGUGCCGGUUUGCGCGAUCGGGCCGCCCACGAGAACGCCCGCAUCAGCGCGCUGCUGCAGCUCGGCAAUCUGUACGCCGAUCAGGGAAAGCUGCAGCGCGCGCUGGCCAUCUAUCGGGAGGCGUUGCACACACUGCCGGAACGAUAUCCGCCACAGGGUAUCUACCAUCGGCUCGGUGACAUCUUCGCCCGCCUCAACCAGUGGAGCGAAGCGGAACGGUUUCAACGGGCAGCCCUCGAAGCCCAGCCGGAUCACAUUGCUGCCCACCUUUCCUACGGGACGAUGCUGGCCCGUAACAGUAGCCGAACGUCCGAGGCGGAGCAGUGGUUCCGGAGGGCACUGCGGCUAGCACCGAACGAUGCCAGCGUACACCAUCAUUACGCUGAGUUUCUCUCCUCCCAGCGCCGGACGGAGGAAGCGUUCCAGUACCGGGUCAAAGCGGCUGAACUGGCCCCGGAAGACUACGCCCUGGUGAUGGCGGCCGCAUCAAGCCUACGGUUGCUGGACCGCAAGCUCGAAGCCGAACGAUGGUACAGGCAGGCUGUGAAGCUACGACCGCAGGAGGCCCGAGCCCACACCAACCUGGGAGCAAUUUUGCACCUGCUCGGGCGCACGCAGGAAGCGGCCAACAGCUACCGGGAAGCGCUGCGCCUGCAGCCGGACGAUCUGACCACACUGUCGAACCUGGCCAAGCUCGGCGUGCCGGCCAUCUCAUGAAAGGCGAACCACCACCGCCGGGCGGGAAGUGUCCGGAAGCCCGGAAGUUGAUUGCUGCCGCCCGGGACGGGACGGACCGGUACCGGGGGCGGUGCGUGUUGAAGCCAAGCACCGCGAAACGACCGGAUGCACCGGGAAAUAUGCUCGCUGGGAAUUGAUCGGAAAAAAACGUUGUUGUACAGAACGAGAGGGAAAGACAGGACGUGUGUGUGUGUGCACACGGGUGCGUGUGUAGAGUAACAAUAAAAAGAGAGGAAUUUAUGAAACCAGACAGGAAAGAGGACAAAAAGUAUAUAGCUAAAAAUUGAUUGUAAAUAACAAACAAAAAGGGAAAACAAAACCAUGAAACGGACUGGUGUGUUGAGAGUUUUUGGGGAAAGAUUUGUUGCAAACGCAGGUGUACGCUACGUAGGGAAAACCAAAACAUGCGUAGGUUAGUUAGAGAACAAAAUCGAUUGAAUAGUUUGGUAAAGAACGGGUAAGCGUACUAGGAAAAUGACAAGAGCAUUAGAUUCAAUUGUGUUGGAACUUUGUUGAAAGUAUAUCUAAAAAAACAAAACCAAAACCAAACAAAGCCUAAAACUGAACGGAAAGGAAAUGAUUUUGUUAGUUGAGCGGAACAUGCUGAGAAACCGAGAGUUUGACAACGAUUUAUUACUGUUUAGUUUCUCCACCAACGAAGGGAUUUAGCGAAGUGAUUUGCUAUGAACGGCUGCUGCGGUUAGUGUUGCCCUUCAAUUCCAUCACACUUGGCUGGGGUCUCUGCAGCGCCCGCUUAUCAUACAUAUAUUGUACAUACAAAGUUUAUAAACAAAACAAACAAACAGAAAGCAUAGUGCUGUAUAUAAUUGAUAAUCAGACAACAGGCGCAGAAAAACGAAACAGAAUGUGGAACAGUUGUUGGCCGACCGACAAUGUGCAAACAACGCGGACACUACGGAUGCAACGCAAGGGAUACAAAUAUUAUCAUAAAAUCACACACUAGUAAUAAAGGCAGCAACUUUCCACCUCCCUCAAACAAACCAUUCCAUCGAAAGCCACACUUGUUCAGAGCGGGAGAGAAGCAGAAGUGACGAGAGGGAGAGAACGAUACAGUGUUGAGGAAAUGCAAUCCGAGUUGCAUAAAGUGGAAAUGGAACUGUAAUUAAAGCUCGUUUUAUUAUUCGGCCCCCUUCACGCACUAAGUGCGGUUAACAAUAGCAAUUAAUCGCCAUUUUUCGUGCACUCUCUCUCUCUCCCCUUCAUAUUCUCUCCCUCUCAUAGGUGUCAAUCAGGCGUUAUCGCUCGAACAAACAUUGCCAUUCUGUUGAAAUUGUACAACCGAAAUCACACUUCACCAGCACACGGCCGCAAACAAACGAUAAAAUCGUCUCAUUAUCAUUACUGCGUUCAAUCAUCAGACAGUGAAAAGAAUACUCAUUACAAUGCAUUACAUACCGAAACGAAACCAGUGAAAAAGAGACAGAGUAUGUAUGUGUGUGUGUGUGUGUGUGUGUGUGUGUGAAGAGAAGGGAUGAGAUGAAGCUUUUUGUUCUGUUUUUGCUGAUAAUGAAAUCGAAAUGCAAACAAACGAAACCGUGCUGGACGUACGCUCCCAAGCUCUUCAUUGCAUCGAAUCGUUGUUAAUAGGAAACACACAUACCCGACGCAAUACACACACACACACACACACCGAAAGUGAUGAGAGUGCAAUCAGUGUUGUUGCUAUUGCGGAAACAAUAAAAUCCUCAAAAACAAUAAACCAAGUGGCGC